AGCACAAGAUCAGAGUGCUGGCAGAGCAACUGUGCCUACAGCUCUGCUACCUGCUCUACCACCCUGAAUUACUCUCCCUCACACACGCACACCAAAAUGCUCUCACAGGCACACAUUCAGAGAACUUUCUCUUGCGCGCACACACUUAUAUGCUGACAAGCAGGCAGGCAGGCACACCCCCUCCCAUUAUCUGUGCGGCGAGCAAUUCUGCUCAUAUUGGUGUGAGCAGCGAGGGGCUGUACUUCACUCCUCAGCAGCAGCAGCAGCAGCAGCAACAGCAGCAGCAGUAGCAGUAGCAGGACGGGUCCAGAGGAGAGCAGUCAUCACCAGAGAUCACACACCAGCUUCUACAACUGAAGCGUGUGCCAACGGGUAACCAUGGAGGACACCCUCACCUGCAGCCAUGCCACCUUCUCCCAGGUGUUUGGACGCCAGGGACAGCUCAUGCAAGCCACGGUCCAGUCUCUCAACAGCCUGAAUGACCAGAUUGCUCAAUUCAUGGUGACCAGACCUUGUAACCUGCCUUGUGAGGAGGAGGCCUUCGUGCCAGGAGAGAGGGACACCUUGAAGAAGUCCAUGACUCUGAUGAGACACCUGCUCGUGGACGCUCAGGGGAAAAUUCUUAAAAUGAUGGAAGACAACAAACAGCUGGCACAAAGGAUUGAUGGGGCCAUCCAGUCCGCCAGUCAGGAAGUGACCAACCUCCGCUCCGAGCUCUCCGCCACCAGCCGCAGACUGGCAGAGCUGGGUGCCAGCAGCCCCCCUGCUUUGGAGAACCACCACCAGCACAAUCACCACGAUGACAGCCUCCACUACCGGGAUCCAUCAGUGCAUCACAGACAGAAGACAGUGGUGACAGACAUGUGCUACCCGACAGAGAUAUCCAGCCUGAUGGACUUUGGCACCCCGGACUGCUCACUAGGCAAAGUAUUGUUGCGUGAGGAGGUGGCCCAGCUUCAGGAGGAGGUCCACCUGCUGAGGCAAAUGAAGGACAUGUUGAGCAAGGACCUAGAGGAGACCCAGGGAGGCUGCUCCGCCAAUGUGCUCUCAGCCACUGAGCUCCGUGUGCAGCUGGGUGACAAGGAGCAGGAACUGGACCGUGCCAAGGAGGCCUUACAAGCUAUGAAAGCUGACCGUAAGCGUCUAAAAGUGGAGAAGGCAGACUUGGUGAGUCAGAUGCAGCAGCUGUACGCAACACUGGAGAGCAGAGAAGAGCAGCUGCGGGAAUUCAUACGCAACUACGAUCAACACCGAAAGGAGAGUGAGGAUGCAGUGAAAGCCCUGGCAAAGGAGAAGGACAUGCUGGAGAGGGAGAAGUGGGAUCUGAGGAGGCAGACCAAAGAAGCCACAGAACAGGCCAACUUGCUGCGUUCUCAGAUGGACAUGAAGGAGAACAGGGUCAAAGAACUGGAGGCCGAGCUCACCAUGGCGAAGCAGUCUCUGGCCACUUUGACAAAAGAUGUACCGAAGCGGCACUCACUGGCCAUGCCCACAGAGCCCGUGGUGAACGGCAGUCAGGAGUGGGUGAUGCAGGCUGACCUGCCGCUCACUGCCGCCAUCCGUCAGAGCCAACAGACCCUCUACCAUGGACACACCACGGACAGACAGGCUGUGGUCAGGAUCAGCCCCUGCCACUCUCGCCAGCCCUCUGUCAUCUCCGACGCCUCAGCAGCAGAUGGAGACCGCUCGUCCACGCCCAGCGACAUCAACUCACCUCGUCACCGGACCCACUCCCUCUGCAAUUCCAUGGAGGACCUGGAGGACCAGAAGCGUAAGAAGAAGAAGGAGAAGAUGACUCUGGGAUCCCUGUCCCGGGUGUUCGCACGAGGCAAGCAGCGCAAGUCACUGGACCCUGGCCUGUUUGAUGGUACAGCCACACCUGAUUAUUACAUAGAGGAGGAUGCCGACUGGUGAUGCUGAGUGUGUGAGGGUGUGUGUGCGCGCGUGUGUGUGUGUUAAAUUUGUGUGGAUAUCCACCUGGCUUUAACUGUGUGUAAAGAAUGUUUUGUGUGUGGGUUUGUCUGGAGGGGGGGAGGGGGUAAAUUUUAAAGAGAAAAGCCUAAAAGAGACUGCUAUCCCCAUAAAUGUACAGUAUAUUACCCUUAAAUUGUAUGUUUGUAAAUUAGAUAUAUAUUUAUAGAUGUACAUGUAUGCAUAUGUAUAUAUGUUUACAUGCAUAUAAAUAUAUACAUGGGGUUAUUAUUAUGUGUAGACAUGUUUAUGCUGUAUUAUCUUCCAAAUGUCUUAAUGUUUUAUGUUUUUUUUAUAACUGGAGACUUGAAGGACUGCUGUUCAUAUGUAAAUAGGAGUUAUUGUGAAACUAGUGUUUUUACUGUAAAUGUCAUUUGGCUUUUGUUACUUUACAGUUGCUUUUAUCAUGCUUUGCAACAUUGACGUCUAAGUUUCUUCUUAUUCCCAGUCUUACUCGGCCCAUUUCUUAUUAUGAAAGAGGAGAUAUUACCUGAUUGGCUUAAAAAGAAAUUGAUCUCUUGGAGUUUAAUUGGCCAAAAAUAGUGAUUUGUUUGAGAGGUAUGGCCAUUAUGGUUAUUUUAUAAAUGCUGCCACACAGUAUUUUAACACAUCACAAUGUGGGCAGCAGGGAGUUUUUUCAUGAUGGCCUCCUUAUCCAUUUUAUGCUUUAAAAAAAACACAUUAUCAGUUACUGUAAUUAACGACUGGCCAACAAGGUUUUUAGAGUCAGUCUUCCUUAUAAUGUAAUUGCACAGACCUGAAUACACAAACAAAAGAUUAACAGUGAUGCAUAUUCAGGCACGCCUCUCGUCUGCUGUCGUAACCAUGUGCGAGUGCCAAAGGUUAAACACUCAUCCCUAGGAAAUCUGCGUAUCAUUCUGUCACUGUUAGCACUAGCCUCGUAACAUUGUUUCUGUCUGACUCAUUUCUGACUGAGCGCUACCUAACACGUGCCAGUAUGAGACGAAGGAAUGUGCAUUUAACACCUGCAUGCUCCCUCUGUGUUGCUUUGAUUAGAUGUCCAUUCAUUGCCAAUCAAAUUAAUAAUCUCCACAGUUCCUGUGUUGCUCCUGUGUUACCUUUUCCCUUUUACCAAGUUAUCUUUCCUUGCAUUAUGAAUGCAUGGUCCCUUUUAUUUUUUAAUUUUUUGCUGUCUUUUGUUUUGUGUAGAAUCCCUCCUCAUUUCUUGCAAAUGUGGCUCUAAUAAUUCUAUGUUAAAUGCUUUGUAAUUUAGGAGACGUUGCAUAAAAGAGUAAAUCUAUUGAAGUAUUUUAUUUAAAAAGGAAAAAAAAUGACAAAGAAGAGUUAACUUCAAAUAUUUAUCUGCUGCAGCUGUCGCAGCCAGAUGUUGAGGAGGUUUUAGCAUUUUCAAAAAUGAAUUAUAAUUGAAAUGAAAUCUUAUUUUAAAAAUAAAACUAGUAACUGAAUACAUCCUAUGUGGCAGUUUUCUGUUCCAUGAGUAAUCUCGUUCUUGUGUCCCAGUCUAACGUGUCUCUCCCUCUCCUCCUGCCAUUUCUAAUGGCAACUCUCUCCUGCCAGUGAGUAACUCCUCAUCUGUGAUUACCAGCUGUCUGUUUCUGCACUCUGGGGAUUAUUCAUAUCACUCAGGUCCAUUGGACAAAUUCAAGUUUGUGUCUUUUUUUUUUCUCCUUUUUUUGAAACUCUUUUGAAAAAGAGAUGGUGGACUUUGCAUGCAGCGUUUUUGUCAGCAUGUGGAGACGAAUCAGGUAAACACGCAGAGUUCAUCCUGGAUUUGUUGGUUCAGUAUGAAUCAGUGUUUUCCUGUUGUUGAGAUAGGAGGUUAAUGGGCAGGAGCAUGAUGUCUUAUGAAUAAUCCCUGUGUCUCUAAUACAUUACCCUAAUGGUCUUAAGUCUCCUCAUAAUCAUCAGAUAGUUACUUAAGUAUUUUAACAACUGUACUAAACACAGUACUGUAGUUUUAGAACUCACCGGACUACUACACUCUCAUGAAAGAAAUAAAUGGGUUGUAAAGCUCCUGAAUUUACAAUUUAGAUGCACUCAACUGUGUAAUUUUUUCCCCACAUGAAGUACUGUUAAUCCAAAGACACAGGACACGUAGCCCCAGUGAGUUAUUCUGGCUCCAUCUAGUGGCCAUGUGGUUCAAUUUCAUAACAUUUUAUGACAAUAUUGGACCAAAGAAAGGUUUGAAACUGCUUUUCAACCAGCUGACUGAUAACUCUUCCUUUAUUGAUAUUACUAAACACAAGAAGAAGCUAGAAAGGAAUAUUUUUGUUGUUGACAUAUAAAAAAUUCUGAUAACUUUGUGUAGCAUCCAAUGUGUUGUUCUGUAUCCUUUCACACUGAUGUCUCAGGUGUAUUUUCCAUGCAAACACCCUCUGAUUUUAAUGUCAGCCUUUCUCCAGAUGAGUCACUUUCUUUGAUUUCCACAUCCCUCUGACCCUGAACCCCCCCUGUAUGCCACACCAUAACUUCUCCUGACCA